AUGUCGCCUCACGGCGGCAGUGGCGGAGUUCCUGCGAUGAGUGGAAGGGGGUUCCCAGCGUUAGGUUUGAUACCCCAACGAACUGAAGGACGCUACAUUGUCAUCCAACGCAAGGACGAAGGCCAAACGUUGGAAAAAGUUUCACCGUUUCUGAUUGACAAGGUCAUCAGAAAUUGCUGUGGCGAGGUGACCAACGUGAAACGAAUCAAAGACGGCAAAUUGUUGGUUCACACGAAAACAGACAAACAAGCUGAAAAACUGUUGAAUCUUCAACGCAUGUCGAACGAUAUAAAUAUCGCAGUUGCUGAGCAUGGGAGCCUGAAUACGUGCCGAGUUGUUAUCACUUGUCGGGAUCUACAGGAUGAAAAUGAUGAAGUGAUCUUGGAAAAUCUGCGAGACCAAGGAGUCACAACGGUCUAUAGAAUCAUGCGUAAACAAGGGGAUAGUAUGGUUAAAACCUCGACUUUUAUUUUGACAAUUUCAAAGGCCAUAAUGCCACAAGACAUCAAAGUUGGUUUCCAAAACGUAGUAACGCGGCCGUAUUACCCACGACCGAUGCGCUGCUUUCAAUGUAUGCAGUAUGGCCACUUGGGGAAAGACUGUAAACAACAAAAAGUGUGUGCAAAUUGUAGUGAACAGUACCAUGGAGAUAACUGUCAAAGGCCAGCUAAGUGCGCAAAUUGCAAGCAAAAUCACUCAACAAUCAGCGUAGACUGCCCAAUCUGGCAGCGUGAAAACGACAUCGUCCGAGUGAAAAUUGAUAAUGGCAUAUCAUAUUGGGAGGCGAAGAAAAUCGUGGAUCGUAGGACGCAACCCGAACAAAGUUUUGCAAAUGUGGUAGCAGCUGGAACCCGCAAAUGUAAAUGCAAAUGCAGCUGUGGAGAUUCGCAGACCAUCCCAACUACUCUUUCCGAAUUAAAACGAACCAUCGAGCAGACACAAACCCCCACGAUUAAACCAACUCAAAUUUCACAAGCAAAUCCCCGCCCACAACCACAAGCAGUACCUAUGACCUCAUAUAUAAUGGAUCAAGCGACCAAGGAAUCUACCGAACAUGCAGUUCAGAAUAGUGCGAAACAGGGACACUCCAAGCAAUACGAUACUCGAUACCAAGCAAGUGACAAAGACCAGCAAAACGACCCACCGUCACCCUCCCCAAAACCGAAAAGGACAAAAAAGGAAUACACGUACCAGAUCAGCAGCGAUGAUAAACUCAACCAAACCCAACAGAAACGAGGAAGGGGAAGACCCAAAAAAGUACAACCAAUACAACACGACACCGAAAGUUCGAAAGCAGAAGACAGUGAAAUGGAGAUCUGA